GGUCGUUCAAGCUUCCGAUGGCACAUCAAAGAUUUACUUGUUGCUGGAGGCGGUGGCAACUUGCUUGGCAUCAACUUUCGCGGGAAAUCAUUGAUGACUAAUCAACACGAGCGGCAAUGUUACCAUCAACUACAGUGCACCCAUGUCUGCUUGUUUCAGAGAUUCUGGUCAAUAUCUUUGCAGAGGUCAAUGAACGCGAUGAAGAGGAGGCAGCUAGGACCUUGGCUGCCCUAUGUCGAACAUGUCGGGCCUUUCAGGAGCCUGCCAUGAAAGUCCUGUGGGCGCACCUGGGAACUUUAGUCCCUUUAAUCAGAUGCAUUCCUUGCGUCAAGACUAUUAAGAGUAAAGGAAAAACACAUGAUGAUCUCCCGACUUUGGCCCUCGAAAGAGAGAUGUCCUCUGCAGACUGGGAGAUAUUCCUUUCGCACUCGCGCCUUGUGCUUACUUGUGGUUAUUAUGUUUCAAGAAGAGACAAACAUCCUGUCCUCAACUCGCCUUCACAUGAUAUCGGCACAGACAUCUUGCGUGCACUAUCAUCCCCUCCACCUUCCUCCGUCACUUUCCCUCACCUGAGGAAGAUUAGGUGGACUGACUCGCGGGAAGAGUCCAUCCGAUUUUUCCGCCUAAUACUGACACCUGCUCUCGAAUUCCUUGAUAUGUCAUCUAUAACUAACCCAGUCUACUCUGUCAUAAUCCCUUCCAUCAGCGAUGCCUGUCCGUCCCUAAGGAUCAUGCAUCUUCCCAAGUGGUCCUUUCUUCACCUCCCUGACAUGUUCGACAAGUGGUCAAAUCUUGCUUACGUGACAUCCGGGCCCCUUGCAGAUGCUACUAUCCAGUCGCUUGGCCGGCUGGCACAUCUUGCAAGUAUGGAUAUCUGUCUCCACAAGUUGCAUGACAUAAAGUCACUUGUUGAUAAUCCUGGGUUUUCUACCCUGCGCCGGCUCGUGCUUCGUGCGUACAAUAUCAACCUUGUCACAGCUUUCAUGCGGCAAGUCAAAACUGUUCAUCUCCGCGAAGUGAAGUGCUAUCUACCACACGGCACAACCGCAGCGGGUAUACAGGAAUGGAUAACAAUCCUUCUGGAUCGGUGCUUGCCAAGAAGGCUAGAGAUUCUGGAGAUCGAAGACUACGCUGAUGCUGGCGCUGAUUUCCCAGAUCAAUUCACGCUCACCCCUGACACGCUUCGGCUCUUGUCCCGCUUUCGCGGACUCACAACAUUGGACCUCGCUACUGCAUGUACAUACUCGUUGGACGAUACCACGUUGACGCAGCUGGCCAUUUGUUGGCCCAGUAUGCAAAGUAUUGCACUGGGAACCCAUUGGGGUUGGAGGCAACAGAGUGACGUCACUCUGAAAGGUUUGCUAUCUUUAGUGCGACACUGUCCUCAGCUAGAAAGCAUCGGCCUCGUGAUGAACGCUGUAACUACAGAUAUCACAUCUCAGAGGCCUGGGGGCGGAGUUCGAAGGCCCAAAGUUACGAGUCUAAAUGUAGGAGACUCAAGAGUCGGUGACCCGCUCGCAGUCGCUGCGUUCCUGUCGGACGUUUUCCCACGUUUGCUGUCAGUUGACGCGUUUAAUCAUUUGGGGGGUAGGCGGAGACCGAUACCUGCUGCGAAGGAGCACGAAGAAAAGUGGAAAGAAGUGGAAAGGCUUUUACCUGCAUUUUCCAAAGUUCGCGCCCAGGAGCACCCUCCUGUGGGACCAAGAAGGAAGGCCUUCUUUCUUGAGGAGUUGUAUCUCGCUUGAAGAACAUCGAAAACUGUGGAGUAUUCAUGAGGUAAAGUGAAGGGCAUCCGUUCUUUACCAUAUGCACGUGUGCACAUGUUGCAAAUUUCGGGGUAAUUACUGAUCAUGAUGCAUGGUACUUAUCCUGCCAGCAUUCUUAUUAUAAUGUACCCGAUCCAUAUCACACCUUUUGAUUGGACACUCGUGGUCAACGUUGACUUCUGUGGUGUACUGGCGCUAUAUCCGUGACCUUCCUGUUUCAGAUAGCUAUAGCAUGCACACUGCUUCGAAGUUCGGAGUCAAUCUAU